GGUAGCACUGCGUCCGUAAAUUUAAAUGUCACCACAAGUGUUGUUAUAAAAAUUUCUUCACUCGCUGCAAAAAUUAAUCUUUUAUUUUUAUUAUUUUUUCAAUAAAAUGUGCGAUUUAACUGACGAAGAAAUAUAUGCUGGCUUGAAGAAGUAUUUUGGAUAUUCAAAAUUCAAAAAUGAAUUACAAGAAAAAGCUGUCAAAUGUGCAAUUAAUACAAAUCGAGAUAUUUACGUCUCAAUGCCAACCGGCUCCGGUAAAUCACUAUGCUUUCAACUCCCAGGAAUAUUGGCAAAAAAAAUAACAUUGGUAUUUUCUCCUCUCCUCGCCCUAAUCAAGGAUCAAAUCGAUCAUCUGAGUAAGCUCAAAAUUUCAGCCGAAUCGAUUAAUUCCAAAAUGUCCACAAAAGAUCGCGAACGCGUCAUGAUUGAUUUGAAAAGUAUCAAUCCAAAUACACGCUUUUUAUACAUAACUCCCGAACAAGCUGCCACUGAAUCUUUUCAGUCGCUUCUCAGUCACUUGGUUAAGUAUGACAAAGUCGCUUAUGUCGCCGUCGAUGAAGCCCAUUGUGUUAGCCAGUGGGGUCAUGACUUUCGUCCAGACUACCUUAAACUGGGUAAUUUGAGGCAAAAGUAUCUGCAUAUCCCGUGGAUCGCUUUGACCGCUACUGCCUCCAAACAUGUCGUCAAUGACAUCAUUACCCAGUUAAAACUCAAAUGUCCUGUGACGACAUUCAAAACACCUUGUUUCAGGGUCAAUCUGUUUUAUGACAUUGUCUUCAAGAACUCUAUUGAAGAUGACUUUGCCCAUUUGGCCAAAUUUGCUCUGCAUUGUCUGGGUGACGAGGAUAAGAGUUUGCCAUCGUCGAAACGAGGCUGUGGCAUUAUCUAUUGCCGAACCCGUGAAGCUGCCGAACGCGUGGCUCACGGAGUAUCUAAACAAAAGGUGAAGGCAAUCGCUUAUCAUGCUGGACUCAAGAGUUCUGAGCGCACACAGACCCAAGAAGAUUGGAUGUCUGGCAAAUAUACAAUUAUAUGUGCAACGAACAGUUUUGGAAUGGGAGUGGAUAAGUCCACAGUUCGAUUUGUUAUCCAUUGGGAUAUUCCACAGAAUGUAGCGGCCUACUAUCAGGAAUCUGGCCGUGCUGGUCGAGAUGGAAAACAAUCGUAUUGCCGAUUAUAUUAUGGCAAAGAAGAUGUCAAGUCGAUAACAUUUCUUCUGCAAAACGAUGUUAAUAGGAGCAAAAAUGCUGAGAAUGCAAAUGCCUUGCGAGCGAUUAAGAACUUUGACGAAAUGGUCAAGUACUGUGAAUCUAUUCGUUGCAGGCAUAAAUUAUUUUCAGAUUAUUUUGGAGAUCCGCCUCCAAAAUGUACGAAUCAAUGUGAUGUCUGUAAGAAUCCGAAGAACAUUGAAAAAGCCUUGGACACCUUUCACCGGCUUUCUAUGAAUUCGGCAUUUAAGUCGGAGAUAAGUUUGUCAAACACCUCAGAUCUUUAUGAAGGUGGUCGUGCUGGAUUGUUUUCAUCAAAAGGACGAACUUUUGCUGAUGGUGAUGACUGUGAUGAAACUGACACUCGAGAAUAUUUGGAUAAAAAAGCUAAAAAAGAUGCACAAGAUUUUAUACGAAAACAAUUUGAAAUUCGCAAAGCAAUUAGCGCUGCAACUUUGUUAGAAAACGAACCCGAUGCUAAGAUGUCGCGGGUGAAAUCAGCUCAAGCUACUGAAACUAAAGUAGCCGGAUUGAAAACCAGUCUACGCGAGAGCUAUCUAACUUCGCUGAUAGAAGUUCUGAAGGCAAAUGUAGAAAAGUGUGCGAUUGCUGCUGAACGGCCUAGUUAUGAUUUGAAGCAUAGGGACUUUGAGGAAGUGGCCAAAGAAAUUGAAUAUGAGUGUUUCACCAAAAACAAGGUUGUCAAUAUCUAUCGGCUUACUGUAGCUAAAGAGAUGUCUGCUAUUAGAAAGUGCUCUGAUGAACUAAGACUUCUUCCAGUGUUAAAAGAUUACGUCCCAAAGAAAACCAAUGUACACGGUGGAUCCGUUGAAUAUUACGAACAGAAAUUAAAAGACUUGCAAGAUUCAGCCACCGACGAAGUGAAAAGAACAAUCGCUGCAUCUAAAUCAAAGUUAAUUAAAAAAUCCAGCUAUAAACGAGAUCCUCACAAACAAACCGCCAUUAGUUCGUUUUUUGAAAGUAAAUCCAAAAAAUCUUCAUCAAGCAGUCAGAGUAGUCCUGCGGAAGAAGCAGUAAAAGAAGAAAUAGAUAGCGAUGAUCUUGAAGCUGAACUUGACGAAACAUGCUCAUUUAUAAAAAAAGAAAUAAUCUCAGAAUCAAAAGAUAAAGUUGUAGACAAAAUCACACAACCAGGAUUUGUAAAAGCAUCAGUUCUUUUUAAAACUCAGAAAAGGAUAUCACACAAUAAUAAUAAUAAUAAGGAUGACAAUACACUGAAGGAUGAUUAUGUCAAACCUGAAAAAACUGCAAUAAAGGCAAAAUUUUCAGAAUUCAUAACUAUUAAGGAAUCGCCUAUCUAUGAAGAUAUUGAGCCUGAAUCUCCAACAUCGUCAUCGAAAACGUGUACUGUCACUGUCACGGAAAAGGAACCAAGUCCAGCUAGGGGUAAAAAACGUAGUGCAUCACCAAUCGCCAUCUCUGAUGGCGAUGAAUCCAAAACUAAACGAAACAAGCUUGGGCGGGCAUUAAGCUUGAGUGAGGAACUAACCGAAUUGUGUAAAGCCAAUGCUUCUGUGGACAAAAAAAAGCCAAGUAGUAGUGGGCAAACUGAAAUUAAAAACCCAAGUAGUAGUAAACUGAAUGAAACUCAAAAAAAAGUUACAACCAAAGUCCCACAUUCGGAGAAUUCAAAAACUACCACCGAUAAACCAACAAAAGAGGACAAAAAUGGUAAAAUAAAAAAAGAUUCAAAUGCCAAUCAUAAAGAUGGCAGUCGAAAAAAUAGCUCAGCAUCGAAACAGGAUUUCGAAGCAAUGAAAAAGUUUAAGGCAUCUGUUGGCGAUCAUGUAGUCAAGUGUUUAAAUCCAUACUAUAAAGUUAACAUUGCUAAUAAGGAUGUGUUCAAAGCACUUGCCAAAAAGAUAUCGCAUUUGAUUUAUUCAAAACAAUUAGAAAAAGAUAAAAGUAAAGAUUUCAUUGGCCAAAUAUUCAAAAAAACCAAAAUGAUUUCAAAUGAUGCUGAUAUUGAAAAAUAUGUUGGUUGCUAAGUGUUUAAGCAAACUGUAUAUAUUAAUAAUAUUUUAAUCUUCCAUAUAUUUUAUAUCCUAUUAAAAAUUGUUUUUGUUUUGUUCUUUUAUAUUCAAAAUGCAUUUGAAUGAUUAAA